UUCUCUCUCUGUCCCAUUUGCCAUUUUAUCUCGGAAUUGUCGCACUGCAAUUUUCUUCAUAGUCGCCAACCUUUCGCAUCUCACUUUUUAAACCCAAACUCGGACAUCUCUUUUUACGACAAUGGCAAUUCCUGAUCCCGGAUUUGGCGCAGGAUUCCCAGGCGUUGGUGGAAUCGGAUUUCCUGGAGCUGGAAUUGGGGGUGGGCUCAAUCUCGACAUUUCCAAGAAUAUUGGGGGUGGGAUUGGAUUUCCAGGGCUUCUCGGAGGUGCUGUGCCUGGAUGGGGUGGAUGGGGUGGACCGUAUGUUCCCGUCACACCACUAGGAGCGUUGGGUGGGUUGAAGGGAGACCUCAUAGUGCCCAUUGUGGCGAUCGGCGUGGCCCUCUUUCUCCUCGUCCUCAUCGUGAUGGCUGUCAAGUAUGCGCUGGCGUGGAAGUUGAGCGUGCUAGAUGACCUGAGUGGAUCCAAGAAGUGGAGAAGGGACAUUGGCUCGGCAGCCGCCCCCCAGUUAGAAGACGACUACAUGAUCCAAUUGGCCAAGGUGGUCACGUCAGCCAUCUACUCGGGCUCCUGUUCAGAUCGCAUGAUUUGUGAGGUGGGGGCCUUUGCAAGAGGAAACGCCCAGACGGUGAAGGGGCUCAUUUCAUUGGUGGAUUCCUACGUCCCGGAUAGUUAUCACACGUAUCUUGACAUCCUCAAGACGUCUGCAGAGGGAUCAUUCGACUGCGGACAAAAGUAUCAGUGCCAGCCACAGCAGGGUCAACCAGGUCAAUCCGGGAAUGCAGGAGUCGUACCUUCCCCAUCGUCUGUCACUCCACCACCCCCAAUAGCCACCCUAUUCCAGAGCCAGCCCCAACCCCAAACGCCUCGCCCCCUCCUGCAAACCUUGUUCAGUGGGAGCAAUGAGACGCGUCCAAUCCAGAAAUUAGGCAAAUUCCGUCGUCAUGUUUCAUAACUGUCAAAACUUCCUUAAAACCAUAGUCUCAUUAGUAAUAGCGUUCGAACGAUGUGCAAAAAUCAUCUGAGUUGAAGGAAAUCUACUAUUUUAAAAAUUAACUUUUAGUGCAUUAGCGAUUUUUCUCUAUUUUAUAAUUUUAGUGGUUUUAGUAAAACCGUUUUACCCUAUAUCGUAUUAGUUAGGGAUUAAAAUGUGCAACUCUUGGGUAGUCAUUUUUUGCAAUCUUUUGCAUUUUAUACUUUGUGAUUUUAUAAACUCUGUGAUACACUAAUUCACUCAUUACUAAAUAACUAAAUGAGAAAUAAAAAUACAGAAUCAUACAA